AUGAAGCAGAGGGUGAGUGCUUUGGAUAUUUUGUUACUUGGUAAUGAAUUGCGCCAGGAAGUCGAAGGCUACAGGUUAACAAAUGUUUAUAAUAUUGCAGAAUCAAGCAGACAAUUUUUAUUAAAAUUUAAUAAAAGUGAUUCUAAAAUUAAUGUUGUGGUAGAUUGUGGUUUAAGAAUCCAUAAGACUGACUUUACAAGACCUAUCCCACCGGCUCCAUCGGGGUUUGUGGUGAAAUUGAGGAAGCAUCUUAAGGCAAAAAGGUUGACCGGGUUUAGACAGGUCAAAAAUGACAGAAUCUUGGUUUUACAGUUUGCUGAUGGGUUAUACUAUUUGGUAUUGGAAUUCUUUAGUGCAGGUAAUGUUAUUUUGCUAGAUGAAAAUAGAAAGAUCUUAUCUUUGCAGAGAAUAGUUCAAGAGUAUGGUAAUAAAGUUGGCGAAGCUUAUGAAAUGUUUGAUGAAUCUUUAUUUGCAGAAAUUGGAAAUACUACUGAAAAGGAAUUAGACUAUUUGAAAGAAUAUAACAAUGAGAUGGUAAGAGAAUGGAUUGAUGAAGCUCUAGCAAAAUUCAAAUUGGAAUCUUCCCAUUUAUUGCAAGAAGAAAACAAGGGCCAACAUAAGAAAGUGAAGGUUAUGUCAAUUGCGAAAUUAUUAUUGAACAAAGAACCACACUUAUCUUCGGAUCUAAUCUCAAAAAAUUUGAAGAAAAAUGGAAUUAAUCCUUCUAGUUCUAGUCUCGAAUAUUCAGAUAAAAUCGAUGAUCUUGUCAAUAUAUUAAACGCAACAACAUCUGAAUUUAAAGAGUUACUAAAUAAUGACGAAAAAUGUGGUUAUAUUUUGGCGAAGAAAAAUGAGAAUUAUAAUCCUGAAAAGCAUUCACCGGAUACGGAAUUCAUAUACGAAACGUUCCAUCCUUUUGAGCCAUUUGUUGAAUCAAAGGAUUUAGAGAAGACAAAAAUAAUAGAAAUUCCUGGGGAUUAUAACAAAACCUUAGAUCAAUUUUUUUCAACUAUUGAGUCCUCCAAAUAUUCCUUGAGAAUUCAAAACCAAGAACUUCAAGCAAAAAAGAAAUUAGAUGAUGCAAAACUAGAGAAUGAAAGAAGGAUCCAAGCAUUGGUUGAUGUCCAAACAUCCAAUGAGCAGAAAGGUCAUUUGAUCAUCGCACAUUCAAACUUAAUUGAAGAAGUCAAGUUUGCUGUGCAGGGUUUGAUUGAUCAACAGAUGGAUUGGAAUACGAUCGAAAAUCUGAUAGGGAGUGAACAAAAAAAGGGAAAUAAGAUCGCUCAAAAGGUCAAACUUCCUUUAAAAUUAAAAAAUAAUAAAAUAGAUGUAAUUUUACCUUUGGAAGGUACGGAAUCUGAAGAAGAAGAAGAAGAUUCGUCGGAUUCUGAAGAUAUCUCAGAUUCGAGCGAUGAAUCUGAAAGUGAUCAAACGGAUAGUGAUUCUGAUAGUGAUUCUGAUAGUGACUCUGAUAUAUCAAUCGAUGAACAUAAACAAAAAAAGGUGAGAAAGCCAAUUAAAGAAAGAAAAAUUGAUCUAUCUAAAUAUGUUGUUGUCACAAUUGAUCUUGGAUUAUCCGCAUAUGCAAAUGCAUCUCAAUAUUUUUCUAUCAAGAAAACUAGUGUUGAAAAACAAAAGAAAGUUGAAAAGAAUGCUGAAAAGGCGAUGAAGAACAUUGAAGAAAGAGUCAGUCAACAGCUAAAAAAGAAGCUAAAAGAAUCUCAUGAAGUAUUAAAGAAGAUUAGAAAACCUUAUUUCUUUGAAAAAUAUUUUUGGUUUAUUUCCAGUGAAGGAUUUUUGGUUAUGAUGGGUAAGAGUGAAUUGGAGACAGAUCAAAUAUAUAGUAAAUAUAUUGAAAAUGAUGAUGUCUUUAUGCAGAAUGCAUUUGGAACUCAAGUUUGGAUCAAAAAUCCGGACAUGACUGAAAUUCCUCCAAACACAUUAAUGCAAGCAGGAAUCUUUUGUAUGUCAGCGAGUGAGGCAUGGUCCAAAAAAAUAGCUGCCUCGCCAAGAUGGUGUUAUGCUAGAAAUAUCAGCAAAUUUGAUUCAACAACAAAUACAUUAUUACCAAGAGGUAGAUUUGCAUUGAAAGAUGAAAAGUCUAUGAUUCAUCUUCCUCCAGCUCAGUUAGUAAUGGGUUUUGGAUUUGCAUGGAAAGUUAAAACAGAAAGUACUGAAGAUGAGGAAGGAGAACAGGAAGAAGAAGUCGAAAUGGAAGAAAAUGAUGAUGAAAACACUCCUAAACCAGCUCUACAAGACAAUGGUGUAGAGAAAGUUGCAGACCCUGAGGAUAGUCACGUAGAAGAAGAAACUUCAAGGAUUAUGGAAGAAGCUACCAUUGAAAUAAACAACUUUAAGUUGGAAGAAUUGGAAGAAAGUCCGAAGCCUGAAGAUACUAUGUCAACUAUGUCAGUUCUAGAUAAUAUUAACAGGAAAGUUCGUGGUAAGAAGGGUAAGCUCAAGAAAAUUCAGAAAAAAUAUGCUGAUCAAGAUGAGACAGAAAGAAUGUUGAGAUUAGAAGUACUUGGUACAUUAAAGGGUAUUGAAAAGGAACAACAGAAGAAGCAAGAAGAAUUGAUAAGAAAGGAACAAAGGGAUAAUAAGAAGGCACGUCAAGAAAGACAAAAACAAUUGGAUAUAAUUAAUUUCACCAAAAAUGAAAAGGUAAAGGUCAAUUAUAAUAAAAUCUUCAGUGAAUUAAAAUAUUCGAUAACAGAAGAUGAUGAAGUAAUUGAUAUUAUACCUGUGUUUGCUCCAUGGCCUUCUUUGUUGAAGUAUAAAUACAAGGUAAAAAUCCAACCAGGUUCAGGGAAGAAAACCAAAACCAUCAAUGAGAUAUUACAUCAUUUUAUGAGUAGAAAUGUCGACUCCACAUGCCAAGAUAAAGAAAAAGAUUGGCCACAAGAGCAUGAAAUAAUUAAAACAUUGAAGGCACAAGACUUAGUUUUAUCAAUAUCUGCAGACAAAUUAAAGAUCACACUCCCUGGUCAAAACAGUAACAAUGGUAAUGACAAGGGUAAAGCUAAGGGGAAGAGCAAAGGUGGUAAAAAGAAGAAAUGA